AUGGAAGCAUCAUCAGGAAUACCCAAAAGUAGUAGUGGGGCUGGAGGAGAAGUAAGACGUAUUCAUAUCAUUUACUUUCUCAGCCAUAAUUUGGACCGUUUUGAGCAUCCCCAUCUCAUUCGUGUUCAUCAUCUCAAUCGAAAUGGUGUUUAUUUAAGAGAUGUCAAGAGGUGGCUUGCGGAUUUGCGAGGAAAAAACAUGCCAGAAGCCUUUGCUUGGUCGUAUAAGAGGAGAUACAAGAACGGUUAUGUUUGGCAAGAUUUACUGGAUGAUGAUCUGAUUACCCCUAUCUCUGACAAUGAGUAUGUCCUCAAAGGAUCUGAAAUUUUCGUCCCUACUGCCAAUCCCUUUGUUGGCGGUGCAUAUGGCGAAAACGAAGCAGCUUCCUUGUUGAUGAAAAGUGAAAAUGAUAGCCAAGUUAAGAAUGCUGAAGUUGAAUAUUUAGCUGAAAACAAAGCACAAGAUGAUCAUCAGCAACUUCCUUCACCAAACCAAUUCUGUGAGGAGAAUACCCCUAGAAAGACAUCAUCAUCUGAAAUUUCUCAAGAAUCACCUACGUUCAGCUCAGAGAUUUCAACAGUAACCGACGAUUCCAUCAAGGAAGAAGAUGAUGCAUGCAAACGCAACAACUCUCCUGACCAAGAACAUAUAGACAAUAAGGAGGAACAAUAUUCUUCUCUUUAUACCAAUUUGUUGGCCAGCAAGAGCAAGAAGAACCAAAAGAAAAAGAAAGACAACACCAGUAACAUUGAAAAGAUCGGCACCCCAACUUCAUUCUCUUCCUUAUCGUCAUCAAAAUCGCCAUCACAAUCUACAUUUGCAAAGAGUAAGAGCUAUUCAAGGGGAACAUCCAAGAUGCUACGUAAUUUGAUGACAUGCGGUGCUGCUGAUACAAACGAUGCUGCAUUGGUUCGCCAAAGCCAAAAAGUUAAUAACAAAUAUAAGCCAAUCGACAAGCCACCGGCUGAUAAGAUUUGUAAAGGAGAAGCAUUUGGUGGUUCUGGCGGAGUUUUUGGGACUCCUUGGAAUCAACAGCAACACCAUAUCGCUAAUGCUAGGAAAAGCUUUGAUGGAGGGAGAGGUUCAAAGAAGCAGCAUAAUGGAUUUGGCAGUCCAAAAGUGGUUUCUCCUGCAUACAAGCCAGUGGCUGCGCCCAUCUGCUCGCAAUGUGGGAAGUCAUUCAGGCCAGAGAAAUUGCACUCGCACAUGAAGUCCUGCAAGGGAUUGAAGGCACUGACAAAAGCUGCUUCAACUUAUGCUGAGACAACACCAUCACCUUCACAUACUUCGGUUGAUUCAGCAUCCGAGGGUGGCUAUUUAUUGACUAACUGA